GCUCGGCUCAACUCGAGUUGAAAGGCAGCAAUAAAACUGCAUGGGGUGGAUGUGAGCGCGGAGCCAGGGCUGCUUCCCAUGGCUGUGCCCGGCCAAAGGACGCGGUGUGUCAUGACCCAGCUCGGAGGAGGCCCCGGGGGGGGGGACGUGGGGGUGCUCUCCUCCCUUACCUCCUCCGUCCCCCUCUUCCCACACCAGGGGGCUGCAUCCAGGGCCCGUCCCCACCUCUCCCCCUGCCCCAGACCCGCUUCGUCCCGGGCAGCAAAGCGUCAGCGUUUCGGUGCCGUCCCCAAACAGCUGCGCCCAGCUGUGCUCUUCGCCUGGGGUCGCAUCCAGCUGCCACCCAGUAACGGGACGCAGGGGUGGGACGGAGCCCAAGCCUUGCUGGAGAGAUGCCCCGUGCCUCCUGGCCCUUGCAAAAGCCCAGGACCCGCACCCCCCGAGCCCCCCAGCCGGAUGCAGCGGCACAGAAAAGUGCCGUUCAUUGUAAGCCGGCCUUUUUACAGCCGCCCCGCGAGCGGGCUGCGGGGCCGUGCCAAGAAAAGGCUGCUGCCUGGCUCAGAAUAGCUCUUUUCAUGGAGGACAUCCUGGGAAGGAACAAUGUCCCCGCUCGCGGCAUUGUGGGAACCGGGCAUUUCGGGGACUCGGGAAGCGAGGAGCUGCGGGGCCGGCCGGGGCGUUACCCAACCCCUCCGGAAAAUCGCCCCUAGGCGCGGCCGCCUCGCUGGAGCCACGGCAAUGAAUGGGCACGCUCUGCCGGCCGGCACGCCAGCGCAUCCCCGGGGCUGGCAUGAGUUCUGCGAGCUGCACGCCAUCAGCACCGCCAAGGAGCUGGCGCGCCACUACCUGCGCUUCGCCACCGAGCACCCGCACCAUGACCUGCUGGCCGCCGAGAACUUCUCGGUGCACUUCACCGACCUCUUCCAGCAGUAUUUCUGCAACGAGGUGAAGGAGGGCUUCGCCAUGAGCCAGCUCCGCAUCCUGCCCGCCGGCCCGGCGCGGGAUUACCGGGAGACGCAGCGGCGGCACACGGACGCCUCCCUGGGCACGGUGGCUACCAAAACCGAAGCGGAGCUGGCCGCUCGCCCCGAGCAGCCCGUCCGAGCUCCCGAGGCGGCCCCCACGGGGCUGCGCAAGUCGUGGAGCUCGGAGGAGCUGGCGGGGCCGGCGCGGAGACCCUUCUCCCUCAGCCAGCUGCGCCGGAGCUGGCGCAGCCUCUUCCGACGCCGCUCCUCGGAUGCCCUCCCGGCGGAGGCUGAUGGGGACGCAGCAGAGGCUGCUCUGAAGCCGGGACUGAGCAAGCGCAUCCUGCCCUGGGGGCUGUCGCGGGAGCAGCCCCCCGAGGUGCGCAAGGAGGGGUUGCUGAAGUACGGGCUGCUGGACGAGAGCUCGCUGGACAGCGGGACGCGCUGGCAGCGCUGCCGCCUGGUGCUGCGCAGAGCGGGGACGCCCGACAGCGAGGAGUACGUCCUGGAGCUCUUCGACCCACCCAAGGGCUCCAAGCCGAAGCUGCACACCGCCUGCUCCGCCGUCCAGGAGGUGCGGAGGUGCACGCGCCUCGAGAUGCCCGACAACCUCCACACCUUCGUCCUCAAGGUGACCAACGCCACCGAUGUGCUGUUCGAGGCGGGGGACGAGCAGCAGCUCAGCUCCUGGACGGCCGAGAUCCGGGAAUGUGCGCACAGGGGGUCGGACACGGGCGACCCCGAGCUCCUGGCGGGCCGGCACCCUGACCCCGCAGCCACCAGCCCCACCACCAGCACCGACUCCCCCAACCAAGGGGCGACGCCGGGGGGGUCGUCGGAGGCGGCGGGGCCGAAGAUGGAGCAGUUCCUGUCCUCCUGCCCCUGGUUCCACGGGCCCAUCUCCCGCAUGAAAGCGGCUCAGCUGGUGCAGCUGGGGGGGCUGGAGGGCCACGGCGUCUUCCUGGUGCGGCAGAGCGAGACGCGGCGCGGCGACAAGGGAGCCGGUGGCAGGGUAACGGCUCCGUGCUCCUCCCCGCAGCACCUGCGGCUGUCGCUGACGGAGCGGGGCCAGUGCCGCGUCCAGCACCUGCGCUUCUCCUCCAUCGUGGAGAUGCUGCACCACUUCCACCGCUUCCCCAUCCCGCUGGAGUGCGGGGCCACCUGCGACGUUCGGCUCUCCAGCUACGUCGUCGUCCUGCCCCAGCCACCAGCUCCCAGCUCCGGCACCGCCGUCCCCGUCCCGCUGCCCGUCCCCGGCUGGAGCCCCGAAUUCAGCCUGACCCCCGCCACCACCUCCACCACCACCACCUCCUCCUCCUCCUCCUCCUGCCCCCGCGGCCCCUCCGAGCCCCCUCCGGAGCAGAUUUUCCACCUGGUGCCACCGCCGGCGGAGCUGGCGCAGAGCCUGCGGCACAGUGGGGUGACCGCCACCCCCGGCGCCCGGCCCCGCGAGUCGGACUACGAGGUGGAAGCCCCGGGCCGGGGCCACGUCCGUGCCAUCGACAACCAGUACACGCCGCUCUGACGGGCCCCCGGGGGGGGACGCACUUUUUUUUGGGUGGAGAAGAAGACCUGGAGCCCCCUCUGGGAGUCCCAGCGAGAAUGUAACUAUUUUCUUCCUUCUGGUUAGGGAUUGUUAUUUUUUUUUUUUUUUUUUAAUUUCGCAAGGAAGGGAGUCGUUUUUCACUCCAGUACGGGUGUGCUCCCUCUCUUCGGCCUGUUAAAGGGCCUUUUUUUUUUUUUUUUUUUUUUUUUUUUGGGUAUUAUUAGAGCUUUCUCGUUACUGUUUACACACACCUCUCCUGCCUGCAUUCCCAGCUGCGUGGCCGGCACGGGGGGCACUGCACAGCCGGGCUCCGUCCCCUCCUCCCCUCGGCACCGCGGCGCCCGGAGAAGGAACCGGGGGGUCUCGCGUCGCACCCGCAUCGUUGGAGCAAACAAAAAAGGAAAAAAAAAGGAAAA